GGCAAACAUAUACCUUCAGAAGGGAAGAGUAGUAAAAGUUUUUGACAUGGUCAUGGUGCUAAUGAAGAACACUGCUUGUGUUGUGCUUGUAUUUCUUUGUGCUGUUUGGCUAUCCACUGCUCGGUUGAACCCUACAGAAAAUGAUGACCAUAAAAAGGUGAUAAAUGAAGGUGCUGCUGUUAACGAAUUUCCGGAUAUAAAGGAAAGUAUUGCAUUUAGUGUUACAAAAAUUACAAAGCUGAAAAGCUUGGCUGCAUUUGAUGAGGGGAACUUAAACAAAGCAAAUGCAAAGCUACUUAUGAGUAAAUCUAAGCAGGCCAAGUUUGCUUCCAAUGUAGAAGCCAAAAGAAAUCUAAGAAGCUAUUCACCAGAUGAGGUUAAUGGUGAACCCUUGGCUUUCACUGCUGAUUAUCAUCGACCAGUGCACCACCCACCAAAGAAUAACAAAUGA